CUUCAAAGGUUCCAUCUCUGAUUUUGACAACCAACUGAAGAAACACCAGAAGAAAAACAGUGGCUUAAGAGAUUCCCUGCUUUCUACCCUUCCAGUAAGACGAGGCACUUAUCAUAUUAGAAUGCUUGGGAAACAGAGUGGCAUCUACCAGUCUAUAUUUAGCAGCGGCAGCCAAAAAGCAGCUGAAUCAGCUGACUGGAAGCUGUUACCCUGAUGUGCAGCCUUGGUUUAGACAGCAACACACUCAGUGCUGGAAAUCAAGGAGAACAGACAGCGCAGAAGAGAGUCGCUGAGCCUGGAGAUUUCAAAACAGUCCAGCUGUAGCUGCCACAAACAACAGCCAGUAAUGGCUCCCCGGAUAAGACUGAACAUAGCAAAGCCUCUUCCCACCAUAAGUGAAGCCCUUGAGGAUAUUCUAGAUGACAUAACAAGCAACACAAAAGGUUUUGGAAAUGCUUGCACGAGUCCAGAUUCUUCUGGUGAAGACUACCUUCAGUCUAUUUGCCAGCUGGCAAGACCUACCUUCCCAGUCCUACCAGAGAGUCAGCAUAAAGUCCAAGACACAGAGAAACUGGGAAUGCUGCAUAAUAGUCGCAGAGUCUUCAGCUUUUCUGAGACACCAAAAAUGGUCUCCAGCUAUAAAAUAACUGACAUUCUGCCUAAUGUGAGGAUAUUCGAAAGAAAUAGCUCCAUUCUAGAUCGUAUCAAAACCUACUCGAGCUCUAAAGUCGACCCGCUAGAAGAGUUGUACAUGGAAGCUGAGAGGACUCAUCGGUGGAGAUGUCCUAAUGGAAGUGAGAACACUGACCAUUCACAACCUACCAAUUUCCAAGCCAUCAGUGUGUCUGAACCUCGAGAAAAAACUAUGGAGAAACCAGAUGCUGUCAGCUUCCCCAGACUUCCCUCCCCAAGACCAAUGCAGAGAGAAAACAGCUGCCCAGAGCUAAAAAGUCUGAGAAACCAAGGCAAGAUGCCAACUCUGGAAAGCAGCCAAUAUCAGAAAGAGAUUAACCCUCUCAUUGUUAACGGUAAAUCGAUCUGGCUGUACCCACCCAGAGAAACUCCACCAGACACCAAGAUUUUGAGAUAUUCACAAAGGGGGCAACAGACUCUGAAGGCAACAGCCUUCCCUGAAAGAGAGCAGCAGUCAAAGCCUUCCAUUUAUAAUCAAAAUGUGAAGGGAGAGGUGAGCAACCGAGUAGGCAGUGUGGGAUACUUCCACGCUGACAAAAGAAACACAAGCUGUGACUGGAUUUCAGAAUACCAAAGUGCUUGGAAAGAAGCAAAGGUGAGAGCUUGCCUGCUGCCUGCUAUUGCAGAAUCAUGAAUUGCUUCUUUAUGCAAAGAAAAUAUGGAGUGUUUAUGUGCAGCCACUGUCUGCUGCAAAGUGCAUUGUCCAGAUGACCUGGAGAACAUUCAGAGCUUCAGUGUGUCAAAUGUGGAGAAGAAAU